AUGCAGAGAAAGAACUUCACCGAAGUGAUGGAAUUCAUCUUCCUGGGAUUCUCUAUCUUUGGAAAGCACCAGAUAACCCUCUUUGUGGUUUUCCUAGCCAUCUACAUUUUAACUCUUGCUGGUAACAUCAUCAUUGUGACCAUCAUCCGUGUUGACCGUCAUCUCCACACUCCCAUGUACUUCUUCCUGAGCAUCCUGGCGAGUUCCGAGACUGUGUACACACUGGCCAUUGUCCCACGAAUGCUUUCCAGUCUCAUUCUUCAUAACCAGCCCAUCUCCUUGGCAAGCUGUGGGACGCAGAUGUUCUUUUUUGUUACCUUGGCCACAAAUAAUUGCUUCUUGCUCACUGCAAUGGGUUAUGACCGCUAUGUGGCUAUCUGCAACCCCUUGAGGUACAUGGUCAUCAUGAGUAAAGGGAUGUGUGCCAGGCUGGUAUGUGGGUCCUUUGGCAUUGGUCUGGUAAUGGCAGUUCUCCACGUGGGGGCCAUGUUCCACUUGCCCUUCUAGCCAAUGUCAAACUCUACCACUGUGACUGAAUUCCUCUUUGAAGGGUUCUCCAGCUUUGGGUGGCUGCACAGGCUGGUCUUCUUUGCCAUCUUUCUGAGUUUGCACCUGUUGACUCUGUCCAGCAAUGUCAUCAUCAUGACUGUUAUUCAUCUGGACCGUCACCUCCACACCCCCAUGUACUUUUUCCUGAGCAUGCUGUCCCUCUCUGAGACCUGCUACACUGUGGCCAUCAUCCCCCGGAUGCUUUGGGGCCUCCUGAGUCCCCACCAGCCCAUCACUGCCCAAGCCUGUGCCACUCAGCUCUUCUUCUAUCUCACCUUUGGCAUCAACAACUGCUUCCUGCUCACAGCUAUGGGGUAUGACCGCUACGUAGCCAUCUGCAACCCCUUGCGAUAUUCAGUCAUCAUGAGUAAAGAGGCCUGUGUCCAGUUAGCAAGCGGAUCCCUGGGAAUUGGCCUGGGCAUGGCCAUUGUCCAGGUAACGUCUGUGUUUGGCCUGCCAUUCUGUGAUGCCUUUGUCAUCUCUCACUUCUUCUGUGAUGUGAGGCCCCUGCUGAAGCUGGCCUGUGCAGAUACCACUGUCAAUGAGAUCAUCAACUUUGUUGUCAGUGUCUGUGUCCUGGUUCUACCCAUGGGCCUGGUCUUCAUCUCCUACAUCCUCAUCAUCGCCACCAUCCUCAAGAUCCCCUCCGCCCAGGGCCGGAAGAAGGCCUUUGCCACAUGCGCCUCCCACCUCACGGUGGUCAUCGUUCACUACGGCUGUGCCUCCAUCAUUUACCUCAAGCCCAAAUCCCAGAGUUCCCUGGGGCAGGACAGACUCAUUUCUGUGACCUACACCAUCCUCACUCCCCUGCUGAACCCUGUCAUGUACAGCCUGAGGAACAAGGAGGUCAAAGAUGCCCUGUGCAGAGCCGUGGGGCAGAAGCCCCUUUCCUCUUAA